GUGGUAUGUUGUCUCCUCCCCCUGUCUGGAGUUGGAAAUGACAGUCUGGGAGGAGGAGGAGAAGAGAGGUUUGCGUUGCCGUGACCGAUAAACGAGCAACACGUCUGUCAGAGUGAAACUAUAAAUUAGAAAAAUAGAACCCGAACUACGACUGGUUGGAUGAAAAUUAACUCUUAAUUACGAGUUCCCUCUUGGAUUAAGCAGCUAAAGGAGUACGCGGACGGCUCAGAAACAGAGUGAAGAUAUCAUGGCCGCCCUGUUUACUGAGCUGCCCUCCUAGACUUGCCUGAUAUAUAGACAUACAUACCUUAACACCCCUGCAAUCCACACAAACACACCCACUUUUGACUCUCGGAGUGUGUGCGGGAUGACAACCUCCCAUCUGAACGGCCAUGUUGCUGGGGAGGGAGGAGGAGGAGGAGGAGGAGAUGAAGAGCUAAGGGGAGGACCGCAGCACCGGGAAAUGGCUGUCGACUGUCCCGGAGAGCUGGGAAGUCGGACGCUACCGCUCCGACGUUCUGCGCAGCUGGAGAGGAUACGACAGCACCAGGAGGAUCUUCGCCGUCGUAGAGAGGAGGAGGGUCGGCAGUUGGACCUGAACACCUCGCUCAGACUCAGGAAGCUUUCGCAGCAUCCCCACAUCGGCAUCGACAACCCCACAUUCCUGCAAGACUCCUACACAUCAGAGCAGCCAGCACUCGGCAACCAGCACACACACGCACUGCUGGAGUUGGAGGAGUUGCUGCUGUCACUGAAGCAGGUCCGAGGCUGCCUGUCGGACCAGCAGAGUCAGAAUGACAUAGAGCUGGUUCUUGCACUACUAAACAAGUCUGACUUCCAAUCAGCGCUGAAGAUCCAUAAUGCAGUGGCCACCAGCAUGCACAGACCCUCUCCUCCAUACCCACACACACAACAGGCACUUCAGCUGGCCAUGGAGGCCAGGAAUCUCAUCCAGUCAAGUCAGAACAAAGAGGGACUCGAACUCCACAGCCUGCUGUCAGACACACACAUUCAGUCAUUGCUCCUGGCCCAUGACAGCAUAGCAGAGAUGGAAAUGCAGCCUGAGCCGCUGCCCGCCCAAGGAGAAACAAUGACCCAGUGGGGAGGAGAGACUGUCAAGAUGGUUCGCAUAGAGAAAGCCCAAGACAUACCACUGGGGGCAACUGUUCGGAAUGAAAUGGAAAGUGUAGUGAUCAGUCGUAUUGUUCGAGGCGGAGCAGCUGAACGGAGUGGACUUUUAUCAGAAGGAGAUGAAAUACUGGAGAUAAAUGGCAUAGAGAUCCGAGGAAAAGAUGUCAACCAAGUCUUUGAUAUUCUUGCGGACAUGCACGGCCUCCUGACCUUUGUGCUUAUUCCCAGCACUCAGAGCAGACCUCCUCCUGUCAAGGAGUCCGUGAUCCAUGUGAAAGCACAUUUUGACUAUGACCCAUCAGAUGACCCCUACGUGCCGUGCAGAGAGCUGGGCUUGUCUUUCCAGAAAGGAGAUAUUCUCCACAUUAUCAGCCAGUCAGACCCCAACUGGUGGCAGGCUUACAGGGACGGAGAUGAGGAUAACCAGCCACUAGCAGGACUGGUACCAGGGAAGAGUUUCCAGCAGCAGAGAGAAGCCAUGAAACAGACCAUAGAAGAAGACAAGGAGCCGGAGAAGUCUGGGAAGCUGUGGUGUGCAAAGAAGAACAAGAGGAAGAGAAAGAAGCUGCUGUACAACACUCACAGGAAUGAUGAUAUUGAUAACGAGGAGAUUCUCACCUAUGAGGAGAUGGCACUGUACCACCAGCCGGCUAAUAGGAAGCGGCCGAUUGCACUGAUUGGUCCAACCAGCUGUGGGCAGGUAGAGCUUCGACAGAGACUUCUCAACAGUCAACCAGAACGGUUCGCUGGAGCUGUACCCUACACCACACGGAGCCGUCGAGAUGGCGAGCUGAGUGGUCGAGAUUACCACUUUGUGUCUCGUCAGACCUUUGAGGCAGAACUGGCAGCAGGAAAGCUGAUCGAGUCUGGUGAUUUUGAGAAGAACCUGUACGGGACAAGUACAGACUCAGUGAGACAGGUCAUCAACACUGGAAAAAUCUGUGUGCUCUGUCUGCACACACAGGCUUUAAAGGUGCUGAGGAGUUCGGACUUAAAGCCUUACAUCAUCUUCAUAGCUCCGCCCUCCCAGGAAAGACUCCGAGCCCUGUUGACUAAAGACAACAAAAACCCCAAGCCCGAGGAGCUGCGGGACAUCAUUGAGAAAGCGCGGGAGAUGGAGCAGAGCUGCGGUCACCUGUUUGACGCCGUCAUCGUCAACCUGGACCAGGACAAAGCCUACAACGAGCUGCUACGACUCAUCAACAAACUGGACACUGAACCCCAGUGGGUGCCCUGCUCCUGGCUGCGCUGAAAACACACACAUUUACACACCAGUCAUAGAGUGACAAUGGCAUACACAUUUAUAGAGAUUCAACAAACUAGAAGCUGAAAUGCUGUGUGAGAGUUGCGAUCGAGUAGUGGGGCCUCUGUUAAGAGAAAACUAAUCUGAGAUUUUGAGAGUUGCAAUGUUAUGAGAUAAAGUUGUAAUUUUAUGAGAAAAUAUUACAACAUAAAGUUGUCAUUUUACAAUAAAAAGUCCUAAUAUUUUCAUGUGAAUUCAUAAUGUUAUGAAAACAAAGCCAUAACAUUACAAGAUAGUGUAAUUUUAUGAGGAAAAGGAAAUGACAGACAAGUCAUAAUAUUACCAAAUAACGGUGGAAUUUUACAAUAAACAUUACUACAAAUUUGGGAAUAAGGUUGUGAUUUCACUAGAAGAAAGUCAUAAUAUUCCAGGGAAAAGGCGGUUAUAUUUUACUUUUCUUACUAUUUCUUGCAAUUCCAGCUUUAUUCUCAUAACAUUAUGACAUUUUUUCUGGAAUCUCAGAAUGAGUUUUUCUUAACAUUGACCCUAAUGCUCCGUUGUGCUGCAGAGAGUAGACACUAAUCAGCAUUUUCUAACAAUGUGGUGACCUGUUAAUGGUAAAAUACAUGCAAUUUCAA